UUAACCCUGGUUAUCAGUAUCUCCAAGGUGGUUCUCUUUUAAUCUGGCUAGGUCACCAUGGUAACUCAUGCUGCGGAGCUAACCUGGUCGGGACCAGGUUUUGUUCUGAGCUUCUGCUUGAAAUUGGUAAGAAUGCCUCGAACUACUUUUAAAACAGUGUCUCAAACUAGUCAACAGUCAAUCUAUGAUCCAUACAGAGUCUCAGCGGAGAGAACUAGAUAUAAAUUUAUAUCUGUUGAGUCGUAACAUUGUAUAAGUGUCAUCAAACAGAUCUGUGCAGUUACAGUAGAGUAACUGUAUGUAUCAUUGUAGCUGUAGUUACAGUACAGUUAUUGUAUGAAACAUACUCGUAGUUACAGUAGAGAUACUGUAUCGUAGCUGCAGUUACAGUAGAGGUACUGUAUGUAUCGUUGUAGCAGUCAACUCAUGUGUGAGGUCUUUGUUUCUCACUGAAAAGUUCUCUUGACAUUGAGAAUUCUCUGAAAUUACUCUCCUGUAUAAUAAGGGAGCAGACAUUAAUGCUUCAAUAUUUUAUUAAGUAUGAUGUUCACUUACAUAUGAAAUACUGUAUAAUUCCUUGAAAACAGAAUGUUAUGUUAAUUUGAUUUAUCCUGAUUGGUUGAUGAUCGUUUUAAACUUCUGGUUAAAUGCCUUAUUUUAAUAAUUUAGCUGCAACAUUAAUAAAUGUGAAAAGAGUGAAGUGCUCUUAAUACUUUCUGAAUUAUUAGGCCUAUUAUUGUUAUUAUUAUUAUGACUGAUAUUGUGGCUUGAAGCAUCGAAAACAACAUGCUUGAGAAAUAUUUUUAAGUCUAUUUUAAUAAUUUGUCUUCCUGUGUGUUUGUAAGAGGAAGUGUAUCAUUUCAAAAAUGUUGGACUUUUACUUUGAAAGCCAUCAAAUCCUCUGCCCCGGAAGCUGUCGUCUUCACUGCGGCUAACUUCACGCUGUUUAAUCAAGGCCGCAGCUCGUUGGAGUUUCUUUAUUGUUAGUGAGAAAGUUUGUGUUGUGAUCCGUCAGAGCCUCUGUGUGUCCGGAUAAACCUGUCUGAAUGGACUUUGUGCUGUUCACCUUUUCUUUCUGGAUGUUUUACCUCUGACUCAUCUCACGGUAGAGUACAAACACGUUCAAGUUAGCUUAGCAUGCUAACUAGUUAGCACCACGGCGCUAGUCUGAGUGACUGUUUCAUGGAGAGCAAACUGUGUUUCUGACGGAGUUUGUGUGGAGAAAAAGUUGGUGUCACUGUGUGAAAAAUGUCUAAAGUCCAAACGGUGAGAGCGCUGGUGGAGCAGCGACUGACUGCGGCUGCUGAAGAGAUAUUUGGGCUGUUUGAAAGAACGAUAGCAGAGUACGAGGAGCAACUUUGUCGUUCAAAAGAGAAGAACGAGCGACAACAGAAACUACUGGACGCUGUUUUCAACCCUCAGAUUAAGCUACACAGAGCAGACAUCCAGCAGCUGUCGGUGGGUAAAGAAGAGUUUUCCUCUGAGCAGCAGGAGAGGAGCUGCAGUCUGGACCAGGACCAGGAGGAGCCAGAGCCGCCACACAUUAAAGAGGAACAGGAGGAACCUUGGAUCAGUCAGGAAGGAGAGCAGCUUCAGGGGCUGGAGGAGGCUGAUAUCACCAAGUUCACAUUCACUCCUGUCCCUGUGAAGAGUGAAGAAGAUGAAGAGAAACCUCAGUCCUCACAGCUUCAUCAAACACAAACUGAACAGAUGGAAACAGAAGCUGAUGGAGAGGACUGUGGAGGACCAGAACCAGACAGGAACUAUGAUCCAGAUCCACAUUUACAACCUGAUACUGCAGACUCUUCUGUACCUGAGACUGAUGACAGUGGUGAUUGGAAGGAGACCAGAGAACCUCAGUCAGGUUUGGACUGUUUGAAAAAAGAUGGCUACCCUGUCAGAGAUUCCUCGUUUCGUGCUGGUGAGAAACGAUUUAGCUGCUCUGAGUGUGGGAAAAGAUUUGGCGGCAAGUACGAUCUGAAGAGACACAUGAGAAUCCACACAGGAGAGAAACCAUUCAGCUGCUCAGUUUGUCAGAAAACUUUUACACGGAGUGAUACUUUAAAGGAACACAUGAGACUCCACAGAGGAGAGAGACCUUUGAGCUGCUUAGUUUGUAAUAAAACUUUUACAGAGAAUAGACAUUUAAAGUCACACAUGAGACUCCACACAGGAGAGAGACCUUUCAGCUGCUCGGUUUGUAAGAAACCUUUUACAGAGAGUAGAUAUUUAAAGGCACACAUGAGACUCCACACAGGAGAGAGACCUUUCAGCUGCUCAGUUUGUAAGAAAACUUUUACAUGGAGUGGAUCUUUAACGUCACACAUGAGACUCCACACAGGAGAGAGCCCUUUCAGCUGCUCAGUUUGUAAGAAACCUUUUACAGAGAGUAGACAUUUAAAGGCACACAUGAGACUCCACACAGGAGAGAGACCUUUCAGCUGCUCAGUUUGUAAGAAAACUUUUACAUGGAGUGGAUCUUUAAAGUCACACAUGAGACUCCACACAGGAGAGAAACUUUUCAGCUGCUCAGUGUGUGCUUAAUCUUUUGCACAAAGUGGGAAUUUAAAGUCACACAUAAGACUCCACACAGGAGAGUAACCUUUCAUAAAUGUGCUGGCCGCUCAUCCUCAAAGUUUCAUCAAACUGAGGAGAACAAAGAGGCAGAACCUCCAGCCAGCAGCCCACAAGAAGAGAUGUAAAUCUCUUCUUCAAUCUUUUUGAAGGAUUCGAAAAACAUUUUCAAGUUUUUUUUAAAUGCUACAAAGCUUGUAGUAACUUUUAUAAAUAUUUUUUUCUGUUCGUAUGAAAUUUACCUACAAUAUCAUUAAACAAUACUUUCUUUUCCAUGAUGAGAUAUGAUUUUAAUUUCUUCUUUGUUUAUUUUUAUUUAAUUUUUUUUGCAAAACAAAAGCUCACCCACUGAUAUUUUAAUUCAAUAUUUGAUUAUAGAAGUAUAAAAAUUACAACUUUAUUUUUUUUAACAGCAGAACA